AUGUCACAUUUGAAUGACGACAAAAACACGUAUUACAUCCAAGGGGUAAUACCCGGGUCCAAUAUAAGUGGUAUGGAUUUUGUCAUCACAACUCGAGACGGUGUGUCACGACCAAAUAUGGUGCAAUCAAAUUCAACGGUUAUAAUCAUUCAUAACAAAGUGUUUGAAACGUAUAACAUCUCAGGAAUACCACCAUAUCAAAUGUCUUCUGAGAAACACGAUUUCAUGGACACGGACACUGACGUUACUUUAGUCCAUCGAAGUAUUCAAGAUGAUAUCAUCUUCUUGUGUAAUAACUCGAAAUUAAAUAUGUAUAACGUGUUGAUGCAAUAUCAAAGUGGGUCGAAUAUCAAUUGUGGGAGUUCAUUAUCAGGAGGAGAUAAUAUGAUCGCUGUGAAAGGAAACGAUUCCAUAACACGACUUUAUUGGCUGUCCAAAACACUUUCGUUGUCGUUUUAUGCCCAAGUCAAAUAUCCAAAUUCAACAACAAUUAAUAACGACCCCAUUCGGAUGAAUAAAUUUAAUGUACUAUAUGCCCCUAUCACGGAUUCAAAUAAAGUACAAGUUAACUCCCCAAAUGACUUUUAUAAAAAUGAAGAGAAUCUUGUGGUACCCUUUUACUCUUCAAAUUACUCAAAUGCUUUCUAUAACACACUUGGGUCUCAAUUAGUAUAUACAUAUGGCAGCUUAGUCUUAAUCGGAACACCUUUUGCAUCUUCAAAUUCUCUCACAAAUAAUGGAGGCGCUCGACUCUAUUUCGACUAUUAUUUAUCCGCUGAACCAGUCAGGUUUAAACUUAUCACAACAUUUGCCGGAGGGGAUGUGUCUAACACAUUCACUGGAUGGAGCGUUGGUAUGCGGAGUGGGUAUGUGUUCAUAGGAGGAGCUGUUAAUAGCACCAACAAAGGUGUUGACAUUAAUUCUAUUAUGAUCAAUGUAACAAAUAUAUUAGUGAAUUACUGUGUAGGAUCUGUCUGUGCGUGUCCAUCUGGUUAUAUAUUUGUUGAUGGCGAUUGUCUUUCAAGUCUAGACACGAGUCAUAUGAUUUUAACUGUAUGUUGUAUUGGAGUUGGAGUGUUUAUAUACAUUGUUAUUCUUAUCGUAUUAUUAGAUGGAUAUUAUGAAGCUUUAUCUGACACUGGUGCGAGUACAAUGACAUUUACUGUAUCUCCGUCUGACUUUAUGCUUCAAGGGAAAGUGUGUGAAGAGCAAACAGUCCACUUGUAUAUCACAAACACGACGUCAGAGUCCGAAACGUUUUCUGUUCGAUGUGAGAAGUGUUGUUUACAAGUCACGACAAAUGAGAUAGUUGUUCCUGCUCGAACGACAGAAGAGUGCUCUUUCAACAUCAUUCCGAUGAGUACACGUGUGAGCGCCUAUUUGUUUAUUGGGACUGAUAUCAUCAAUGAAGUCAAAAUAGAAGCCAAAUUUCAAAGUCAUGAAGAUUUGGAUGUUGAGUGUAGUGAAUAUCUCUUGUUGUUUACAGGAGAUGAUGUCAACAUCCUUCAAAGUCCACCACUUUCUCUGGACUUAUCAAGAAAAGUGCUUGACAGACUUUCUCAAACAAAAUCGGCUCACAAUUUAGUUCAAGUCAAGAAGUGUUCAAUUCACCCCAAUUUUGUUAUCGCGGCGGAGAAAUGUCGUGUUGUGGUAUUAUCCGAUGACAUAUUAAAAGUCUUCAAAGGGACUGCUUUGGGGUU